CUGUCAAAACGAAUAUUUUUUUAGAUGUAUACAUAAUAAACACAUUUAUGUUAAAACCUCUCCUUUUUCUGUGUGCCAUAUAGUUUGGCAAAUUACAUAUCUUCGUUCUAUAUCAUCAUUCGUUGUUGUGAAUCAUACUGAAACGAACCCCUCACCAAACAAGAUUUAUAGAUCCUCUGCUUUAAUUAUAAGAUUCUGAUGGCGGGGAAUUAUCAUUCGUUCCAAAAUCCAAUCCCUCGAUACCAGAAUUACAACUUCGGGAGCAGCUCAUCUAAUCAUCAACAUGAACAUGAUGGGUUAGUGGUGGUGGUGGAGGAUCAACAGCAAGAAGAAAGCAUGAUGGUAAAAGAACAAGACAGGCUACUUCCGAUAGCAAACGUAGGAAGGAUCAUGAAGAACAUCCUCCCAGCAAACGCAAAGGUCUCUAAAGAAGCCAAAGAGACUAUGCAAGAAUGUGUGUCCGAGUUCAUUAGCUUCGUCACGGGAGAAGCAUCCGAUAAAUGCCACAAGGAGAAGCGAAAGACCGUUAAUGGAGACGAUAUCUGUUGGGCUAUGGCUAAUCUAGGGUUUGAUGAUUACGCCGCCCAGCUCAAGAAGUACUUACAUCGUUACCGAGUUCUCGAAGGUGAGAAACCUAAUCAUCACGGCAAAGGAGGACCUAAAUCCUCGCCAGAUAAUUAAAAUUCUUCCAUCGCUUUUUGAUUUUCCUUGAUUAAUCUCCAUGUCAUCAUCUUCCUCUUUAGGACCAGCUAUCUUUUUCUAUCUUCUCAUAUAUUGUUCUACAUAUAUAAAUAAAUUUUAUGUAUAUGAUGAUAUAACAUGUAUGUGGUGUGAGGUACUGAACAAAUCUGUGUUAAUUCUUCCAGCUGAUUUUGUUAUUUUCUAUAUUUUUAUUUAUUUACAUAUAUUGGAGUGGAGAUCGAUCGAUGUGUAUAUUAUGAACCAUUUUCGGGAUUUUCUU